AUGGCAUCCAAGUCAUUCAUCGCCAACGUCAAGUCGGUGCUGAGCGGCGACACGCUUGUCCUGACCAGCACCAACAAUCCCAAUCUGGAGCGUGUCUUGUCUCUGGCAUACGUCAGCGCCCCUAGGCUAAACCGCGAUGGCGACGAACCAUUUGCAUUCCAGUCCCGCGACUAUCUCCGGAAGCUUGUCGUCGGCAAGCCUGUGCAGGUCACUGUUCUGUACACCAUUCCGACCUCUGGACGGGAGUAUGGUGUAGCUCAACUCAAGGACGGGACUCAAUUCCCCGAUGAGUUGGUCAAGGCUGGCUGGCUGAAAGUUCGUGAAGACGCUGGUCGCAAGGAGGAGUCUGAGGACAACCAGCAGCGCAUCGAAAGCCUUCGCGCCAUCGAAUCCUCCGCGAGGUCGGAGGGCAAAGGUGUCUGGGCUGGUGUGGGUGGCAUCAUCGAGGUCCAGAAUGAGCUUGGUGGGCAGAACUUUGUCGACCAGUGGAAGGGCAAGUCCAUCGACGCUGUCGUCGAGCGCGUUCUGAGCGGAGACAGGCUCCUCACGCGCCUGAAGACCUCGGACAAGAAGCACCUCCAGGUGAUGACGCUUGUUGCCGGCAUUCGCGCCCCCGCAACCGAGAGGGUUACCCAUCUUGGCCAGAAGCAGCCUGCUGAGGAGUUUGGCAAUGAGUCUCGGCAGUUUGUCGAGACCAGACUGCUGCAAAGGGACGUCAAGGUCGAGCCUGUUGGUUUGAGUCCACAGGGCCAGCUUGUCGCUAAUGUCAUCCACCCCCGUGGAAGCAUUGCCGAGUUCCUUCUCGCGGAUGGCUUGGCGAGGUGCAAUGACCACCACUCGACCAUGCUUGGAGAGAAGAUGGCCCCUCUGCGCGCUGCCGAGAAGAAGGCCCAAGGCCAGAAGCUGCGCAUGCACAAGGACCACGUUGGCAGGACCACCGAGGCCAGCACCUCCGACAUGAUCGUGUCAAAAGUGUUCAGCGCAGAUACCAUCUUCGUAAGGACCAAGGCUGGUGACGAGAAACGAAUCGGACUCAGCAGUGUUCGUGGCCCUAGGACAAACGAGGCUUCGGAGGCUCCCUUCAGAGACGAGGCCAAGGAGUUCCUUCGGAAGAAGCUCAUUGGCAAGCACGUCAAGAUCUCAAUUGACGGCACCAAACCUGCCUCUGACGACUUCGAGGCGCGUGAUGUUGCCACGGUCACUGCGCAGGGCAAGAACAUUAACCUGCAGCUUGUGCAAGAAGGCUGGGCGUCAGUGAUCCGGCACCGAAGGGACGACACCGACCGUGCUCCCAACUACGAUGAGCUGCUUGCCGCCCAAGAGACUGCCAAGGAGGAGAAGAAGGGCAUGUGGGCGGACAAGCCCCCCAAGGGCAAGGCGUACAUGGACGCGUCCGAAUCUCUGCAGAAGGCCAAGAUCCAGCUCUCGACAUUGUCCCGCCAGAAGAAGGUGCCGGCGAUCGUCGACUUCUGCAAGUCUGGCUCGCGCUUCACCGUCUUGAUCCCGCGCGAGAACGUCAAGCUCACUCUCGUUCUUGGUGGCAUCCGCGCUCCGAGGGCCCCAGGACGGGGUGGCGAGAAGGGCGAGCCGUUUGGUCAAGAGGCGCUGGACCUUGCCAACCGUCGCUGCAACCAGCGCGACGUCGAGAUCGACGUCCACGACAACGACAAGGUCGGUGGCUUCAUUGGUGACCUGUAUGUCAACCGCGAGAGCUUCGCCAAGGUCCUUGUCGAGGAAGGUUUCGCGUCUGUUCACCAGUACUCCGCCGAAAAGUCCGGCAACGCAGCGGAGUUGAACGCCGCAGAGCGUCGCGCCAAGGAGGGUCGGAAGGGUAUGUGGCACUCCUGGGAUCCAUCCCAGGACGAGGAAGAGGUUGAGGAUGAGGCGGCCGCCGAGGUUGAGAAUGACAAUGCGCCUCUGCAGAAGAAGGCUGCCGACUACCGCGACAUUGUCGUCACCAGCGUCGACGCUAAUGGUCGUCUCAAGAUCCAGGAGGCUGGCAAGGGUGCAUCGGCUCUGGAGAUCAUGAUGUCCGAGUUCAAGAAGUUCCACCUCGACUCCAAGAACAGCAAGUCCAUCGACGGCGCCCCAAAGACUGGCGACUACGUCGCGGCCAAGUUCUCCGAAGACGGACAGUGGUACCGUGCCAGAAUCCGGUCCAACGAUCGCACCGCCAAGAUUGCCGAGGUCGUCUACAUUGAUUACGGCAAUACGGAGCGCAAGCCGUGGUCGGAGCUGCGCCCGUUGGACCAGGCCCAGUUCAGCCCUCAAAAGCUCAAGGGGCAGGCGGUCGAUGCCGUCCUGUCCUUCAUCCAGCUUCCUACCGCGCCGCACUACUUUGCCGAGAGCAAGGCCUUUAUCGAGGACGCCGUGUACGGUCGCAACCUGGUUGCCAGCUUCGACUAUGUCGACAACAAGGAGGGCUUGAGCUACCUGACUAUCUUCGAUGCGGCCAGCGGCUCGAGCACCUUUGCCGACUCGGUCAAUCGCGAGGUCGUUGCCAGUGGCCACGCCAUGGUGCCGAAGAAGCUCAAGAACUGGGAGCGCGCGUUUGGUGCCGAGGUCCUGCAGAAGCUCCGCGAGGUUGAGAGCCAGGCCAAGAGUGAGCGCCUCGGCAUGUGGGAAUACGGUGAUAUCACCGAGGACUAG